AUGCUUGUAAUAAACAAAUUAACAGUCUGCGUAAACACUGCUAUCAGCGAGAGAAAGAGCGUUUCCGCGGCCAAUAAGAAGCUCAUCAAUCUGUCCAUGGAGGAGAUAAGACGUUCCACCCGCAACCUAAACACCGCUAUUGCGUCAGCAACCCCAUCUGCACUAGGAGAAAUAAAGGAGGAGUUGCUUUCAUGCGUGAAAAAAGAAAUGGCUGACUUCAAAAAGUUGGUGACUGCCUCACAAGCGUGA